AUGUCUUCCAACGAUCAAAGACGCAAACGGGGGUCGAGCCAAGAUUCGGGUCCUUCUAAACGACGAUGUGAAGCCGAUCGAUACUACCAGAUCGAUACCAGCGAUAGCGAGUCGGAGAUGGAGAUUGAAGAAAACGAUCGAAGAGUGUUUAACAGUGCAACGGAGCAGGAGAGGCGGCAAGCGGUGGAGAUGGUACGCCGUUUGGCGCGUGUGAUGCUCCAUCAAAACUGCAACAAAACGCUGAAAGUACUACGAAAGCUUAUGCGCAUACUGGCCCCAAAAUAUCCUGGUUUGCCGAAUGAUCCCCGAGUCGUCCUCCAGGGAUCGUGGUUAAUCGUGUCCGCAGCGGUUCAAGUGCGUGAUGCCACAAUUGGGCACAUGUGGCAUCGUGGUUUUAAAAACGCAAUCCGCGAAAACUUGGCCAGGUGUGACAUCGAAGAGGAGAUCUUCUUCGAUUUACAUGUCGAUGAGGCUCCUCUGUCUCUGCCGUUGAAGCCUAGGCGUUACGACAACAAGCGCAUGCUUGUUCGAGAGUACUACCGACAGUUACAUUAUCUGCCGGCUGUAAGUUCGCAGUGUGUGACUGAGUUGGCGAAAUUAGUGGACGGAUUUUCGCGGCUUGUGCAUGGAUUGCGAAAAUUAAAGGAACCGAUCGAAUCAUGGGACACACCGCUAUCGAACCUGCUACUAUUGAAAUUGGAUGACGCAACCAUCCUCGCCUGGGAGAAUCACUCCGUGCACUUCGGAAAGGACAUUUACAACGAUUUGAUCAGCUUUAUCGAGGAUCGGAUUCAAAUUCUGAAAGCCACCAGCAGAUUCAACGAAGAGGGUAGCAACGUAUCAGCGAAAGGGGUGAGUCCGAUCAAGGUGGCCGGCGGGCGUCAGUCAGCAUCACGGAGGACGCUCGCCAAUGCUGCAACGGCUAAGACAGACACAGAGCCACCACGAACGGUACAGCAACCAAAGUGCGCAUUGGGAUGCUUGGAUUCCCAUUUGUUACGCACUUGUUCGGUGUUCAAUGGCAAGGACGUGCAGGAUCGUCGGAAGAUCGUGUCGGCCAAUGGUUUAUGCUGGAACUGUUUGAGCCCUUCCCAUCAAGUGAAGCAAUGCAACUCGGAGUUCUCGUGUCGGCUAUGUCGUGAGCGUCAUCACACAUUGUUACAUUUCACCUCGGGUUCAGCAAAGGUUACCAUGUCAGUACAGUCCGACGACGACAUGGUCUUCCUAGAGACGGUUUGGCUGACACUCAUCGAUGACUAUGGAUCGAUGUCCAAUUUCAUGUCGGAGUCAAUGGCUCGACGGUUGAUCACAACGAGGAACAAGGUGAACAUAUCGGUUUCGGGCAUCGGAAAGACAAAACAGAUGGUGAAAGGAACACUAAGCACGACUGUUCAGUCAAGGAUUCGGCCAUACUCUUCCACAAUGGAAUUCUUUGUGCUAGACACACCCGCAUCUGCCAUCCCUACCACAUUCAUUGAUGUAUCUACAUGGCACAUUCCCGAUGUGCCACUGGCAGACAGCACAUUUCAUAUCCCGGGCAAUGUUGACAUCGUCAUCGGCGGCGACAUGUAUUGGGAGCUACACUCUGGCCAUAAACGCUCCCUAGGCAAUGGCAAGCCAUGGUUGGUCGAAACACCGUUCGGGUGGGUCGUCACAGGCAAUUCGGCGUCCAACAGCACUACCCACUCAACGUGCCAUUUCGCUGCUACGGAUGCAUCGUUGGAGUUGUUUAUGGAACGAUUCUGGCAAGGCGAAACCAUCACUCAAGAACCGACAUUGUCCGCGGAGGAACAGAUUUGCGAAAACUUAUACACCACGACGACAACUCGCGAUUCUUCAGGAAGGUAUACGGUUAAACUUUUAUUCAAGUCUAACGCCAACCUCAUUUUAGGAACCUCGAAGGAAGUUGCAGAUCGACGUUUAAUGUCCGUUGAACGCCGGUUGAAGGGCAACCCUAAGAUGAAGGAAGCGUAUCAGAAGUUUAUGAACGAAUACGAGCAAUUGGGGCAUAUGGAACGCCUCACCGAACCGAUUGACGACUCCGUUCAACACUACUACAUUCCUCAUCAUGCUGUUGUCAAGGAAGCAAGCACAACCACAAAGGUCAGGGUCGUUUUCGAUGCAUCGUGCAAAACAAGUGCGGGAACUUCAUUGAACGACAUGCUUCUCGUCGGACCAGUGGUACAACAAGAUGUGUACGCGAUCAUGCUGCGAUUUCGAUCCCAUCCAAUAGCACUGGUGGCACACGUGGAAAAGAUGUAUAGACAAAUCCUUCACGACGCCUCGUCUCACUCGCUUCGUGAGCUGAAGAUUCCUCGUGCUACACUGGUUACAUUCUCCGCCGCGACGCUGGAACCCAUUUGUCCAAGGGGAUAG